UCAUAAAGAACCCGGGACUCGUCCUCAUCCCACGCACACCGGCAGCCGGGCUCUCCUCCACGGCAGGCUCCGACCAUGGCAGUGUAACUGCGUGCAAGUUUCUCCCCCCGAUGCGCUCAUUCUCUGCUCUCCGAGCUGCUGAACUUCUGCUCAGCGCUCCCGUCAAGCUGAAUUGCCGACCUUGACAGCGCGCUGUGGGCAGGAUUCGUGCAAAAGUCUGUCCGCUGUUUUGGAAAGAAACUGUAAGCACUCGGGUAGCGGACAACGAGGGUGAAGUUUAAAGUAGGAGACAGAAAAAGCAGAAAUCAGCAUCUGAAGACCGCGAGAAUUGUCGGGGAAAAAGUAUGAGGCGCAGUUUGCCUUCUUACAGGUGCAGCGAGGAGUGGACUGUGUUUGGACUUAACCUGGAUUCAGCUGUCUGAGUUGCAUCCAAUAGCCUACUUCAAAGAAACCAAGACUGCUUUGGUACCAAAUCUCUUACUAUUCUACGGGGUAGUCUAUGUGGAACUAGAGCAGAUUACAAAGUAAAACUAAUACAGACUCUGUUCGACCGAAUUCGUCCAGUCGCUACAGGCUGCAGCAGCGGCUCGAUUUUGCGCUCCCAGAUCGGUGCGCUUUUCCUGGCACAAGAGGCGUCAGGUUCCCAGACGGAGAGACCCGGCAGCAGGCGGACAACAACAGAACCUCACCGGGACUCGGACACAGUAGCACGCUUCCAUCUCACCGGGCACUUGUUGUCCACUCGGCCCGGUUUGGGACAAUGUUUGAGGACUCCUGGAGCAGAUCGAUGUGGCGGGCCACAUGGAUUUUAUUUUUUUCCUUACUCAUCCACUCCACACAAGCGCAAGAUGACGUGCCUCCCUACUUCAAGACCGAGCCGGUGCGCAGCCAGCUCCAUCUGGAGCGCAACAGGCUGGUGCUGACCUGUAUGGCUGAGGGAAGUUGGCCACUGGAGUUCAAAUGGAUCCACAACAGCACAGAGCUGACCCGCUUCUCUCUGGAGUACAGGUACCUAAUCCCUUCGUUGGACCGCUCCCAUGCUGGCUUCUACCGCUGUAUCGUGAGGAAUCGGGUGGGAGCUCUUCUGCAGAGGCGCACAGAAGUACAGGUGGCCUUUAUGGGCAGUUUUGAGGAGGGUGAACGCACCCAGUCAGUCUCUCAGGGAGAGGGUGCCGUGAUUCCGGCACCACGCAUUCGCAGCUUCCCCCAGCCACAAGUCACCUGGUUCAGAGAUGGGCGUAAGAUUCCACCCAGCAGUCGCAUUGCUAUCACCCUGGACAACACACUGGUUAUACUCUCUACAGUGGCACCAGAUGCCGGGCGCUACUACGUCCAAGCGGUAAAUGACAAGAAUGGAGAGAACAAAACCAGCCAGCCAAUCACCUUGUCAGUAGAGAAUGUUGGAGGUCCAGCAGACCCUAUUGCCCCCACCAUCAUCAUCCCUCCCAGGAACACUAGCGUGGUUACAGGCACCUCGGAGGUCACAAUGGAGUGUGUUGCCAACGCCAGGCCUCUUAUCAAGCUGAGUAUCUCAUGGCGUAAGAACGGUGUGUUGGUGACCAGCGGGUUGAGCGACUUUAACCGCAGGCUGACCAUCCUCAGUCCCGUGGUGAGCGAUGCCGGCUUCUACGAGUGUGAGGCCAUUCUCCGCAGCAGCAGUGUGCCCUCAGUCAGCGCUGGGGCUUAUCUUCAUGUACUAGAACCACCACAGUUUAUAAAGGAGCCAGAAAAACACAUCACAGCUGAGAUGGAGAAGGUGGUGGACAUUCCCUGCCAGGCACGAGGAGUGCCCCAGCCAGACAUUGUGUGGUACAAGGAUGCUUUGCCCAUCAACCCAGUGAAGAUGCCCAGGUACAGGGUGCUGGUGGGAGGCAGCCUUCAGGUCAACGGCCUUCUCCCCGACGACACCGGCAUGUUCCAGUGCUUUGCCAGAAAUUCUGCAGGAGAAGUUCAGACCAACACAUACCUGGCUGUUACCAGCAUUGCCCCAAAUAUCACGGCCGGACCCUCAGACAGCACUGUGAUUGACGGCAUGUCAGUCAUUCUGCACUGCGAGACAUCUGGAGCUCCGAGACCGGCUAUCACUUGGCAAAAAGGUGAGCGUGUGUUAGCCAGUGGUUCGGUCCAGCUGCCCAGGUUCACCCUGCUCGAGUCUGGUAGCCUGCUCAUCUCCCCCUCACACAUCUCAGAUGCCGGGACCUACACUUGCAUGGCAAGCAACUCCAGGGGCAUCGACGAGGCAUCUGCUGACCUUGGGGUCUGGGCUCGCACUCGGAUUACCUUCCCCCCACAGGACCAGAGUGUUAUCAAAGGAACAAAAGCCAUUAUGACCUGUGGAGUCACACAUGACCCCAGUGUGACUGUCAGGCAUGUCUGGGAAAAAGAAGGCUCGGUGAUCAAUGUCCAGUCCAUCCCCCGCAUGCGGCUGGAGGCAGACGGCACCCUGCACAUCUCCCAAACCUGGUCAGGUGACAUAGGCACAUACACGUGCAGAGUCACCUCUGUUGGCGGCAACGACUCCCGCAGCGCACACCUCCGUGUCAGGCAGCUGCCCCAUGCCCCAGAGAACCCUACGGCCGUGCUAAGCACAUCUGAAAAAAGAGCCAUCGACCUGGCCUGGGCCAAGCCUUUUGAUGGCAACAGUCCCCUCAUCCGCUACAUCCUGGAGGUUUCUGAGAACAAUGCUCCCUGGGCCAUCCUGCUGGCCAACAUUGAGCCGGAGUCCACAGCAGUGACGGUCAAUGGCUUGAUCCCUGCGCGCUCCUAUCAGUUCCGCCUCUGUGCCGUUAAUGAUGUGGGGAAGGGGCAGUUCAGCAAGGAGACGGAGCGUGUCUCUCUCCCAGAAGAGCCCCCCAGCGCUCCUCCUCAAAACGUCAUUGCUAGCGGCCGGACCAACCAGUCCAUCAUGAUCCAGUGGCAGCCUCCGUUGGAAAGCCACCAGAACGGCAUACUAAGGGGCUACACCAUCCGGUACCGUCUGACUGGGCUGCCUGUGGACUACCAGAUGAAGAACAUUUCCAGUCCUGAUGUGACCAACAUGCUGCUGGAGGACCUCAUCAUCUGGACUAACUAUGAGAUUGAGGUUGCUGCCUACAAUGGGGCUGGUUUGGGAACUUUUAGCCAUAAAGUCACUGAGUGGACUCUGCAGGGAGUACCCACCAUUGCCCCCGGCAACGUGCAGGCUGAGUCGGUCAACUCGACAACUAUCCGUUUUACGUGGACAGCCCCUAACCCUCAGUUCAUCAAUGGCAUCAACCAGGGCUACAAGUUGCUGGCUUGGGAGCCUGGCAAAGACGAAGAAGUAACUAUGGUAACAGUGCGACCGAACUUUCAGGACAGCGUCCAUGUGGGAUACGUGACAGGUCUGAAGAAGUUCACAGAGUAUUACACCUCUGUGCUGUGUUUCACUACUCCCGGAGACGGCCCCCGCAGCUCGCCCAAAGCGUUAAGGACACAUGAGGACACCCCCGGUGCUGUCGGUCACCUGAGUUUCACUGAGAUUCUUGACACCUCACUCAAAGUCAGCUGGAGUGAGCCCGGCGAGAAAAAUGGAGUUCUCACAGGUUAUCGCAUUUCGUGGGAGGAGUACAACCGAACGAACACCAGAGUUACCCACUACCUGCCAAAUGUCACCUUAGAGUACCGGGUCACUGGACUCACUGCUCUCACCACCUACACCAUUGAAGUGGCAGGAAUGACAUCCAAAGGUCAGGGCCAGCUGUCCUCUUCCACCAUCUCUUCUGGCGUCCCACCAGAGCUUCCUGGCCCUCCUACCAACAUGGCAAUUUCAAACAUCGGCCCACGCUCUGUCACCCUGCAGUUCAAACCUGGCUAUGAUGGCAAAACGUCCAUUUCCCGUUGGCAGGUGGAGGCCCAGGUUGGUGUGGUGGGAGAAAAUGAGGACUGGGUGACGGUCCACCAGGUGUCCAAUGAACCUGAGGCUCGCUCCUUGGAGGUGCCAGAUCUCAACCCAUACACCUUCUACAGGUUCCGUAUGCGUCAGGUGAACAUUGUGGGCACAAGUGUUCCCAGCCAGCCCUCCAGGAAGAUUCAGACCCUGCCAGCUCCUCCUGACAUGGCCCCCGCAAACGUCACCUUGCGCACCGCCAGUGAGACCAGCCUCUGGUUUCGAUGGGUGCCUUUGCCUGAAUGGGAAUACAAUGGGAAUGCAGAGCAGGUGGGCUACAGAGUUCAGUACUCCCGUGCGGGCUCUCAGGGCCGGGCACUGACCCACAUCAUUGCUGACCGCCUGGAAAGAGAGUUUACCAUCGAGGACCUGGAAGAGUGGACAGAGUACGAGGUCAGGGUCCAGGCCGUCAAUGGCAUCGGGACUGGGCCCUGGAGCCAGCCAGUCAGAGGCCGGACCAGGGAGUCUGUCCCAUCCUGUGGACCCACAAAUGUGUCUGCCUUCGCUACCACCUCUAGCAGUAUCCUGGUGCGCUGGUUUGAAGUUCCUGAGCCAGACAGAAAUGGGCUCAUUCUGGGCUACAAGGUGGUAUACAAAGAGAAGGACUCUGACAGCGCUGUCUACUUCUGGACAGUGGAGGGGAACGCCACCCACAGUGCCCAGCUGACGGGUCUGGGAAAAUAUGUGCUCUAUGAGAUCCAGGUUCUGGCUUUCACACGGAUUGGAGAUGGACGGCCCAGUUCUCCAGCCAUCCUGGAGAGGACUUUGGAUGAUGUGCCAGGACCACCAGUGGGUAUCCUGUUUCCUGAAGUGCGGACCACCUCAGUCCGGCUUAUUUGGCAGUCCCCCUCGCAGCCUAAUGGCAUUAUACUUGCUUACCAGAUCACAUACCACCUCAACUCCACUAAUAGCAACACACCCACAGUGGACGUGCUAAUCCCCAGCGCUCGCCAGUACACAGUGAACAGCCUCAAGCCAGAGUCCGUCUAUGUGUUCCGCAUCCAAGCUCAGACCAGGAAGGGCUGGGGCGAGGCCGCUGAGGCCCUGGUGGUCACCACAGAGAAAAGAGCUCGUCCCCAGCCCACCAGCCGUCCCAUGGUUCCUCAGAAAGAUGUUCAGGCCCGCCAGGUUUUGCUGUCGUGGGAGCCAGGCAGCGACGGCCUGUCCCCUGUGCGUUACUACACGGUGCAGCUCAAAGAGCUUCCUGAGAACAACUGGACAGUCCACUCUGCCUCUGUCAACCAUGAGGCCACCUCCUACAUAGUAUCUAGGCUGAAACCCUUCACAUCCUACCAGUUCAGAGUAAAAGCCACCAAUGACAUCGGGGACAGUGAGUACAGCGAGGAAAGUGAAGCGAUCACAACUCUACAGGAUGCGCCUGACGAAGCACCCACAAUUCUCUCUGUUACGCCGCACACAACAACGUCCGUGCUGAUCCGCUGGCAGCCCCCCUCUGAGGAGAAGAUAAAUGGAAUCUUAUUGGGCUUUCGGAUUCGAUAUCGUGAACUCCUGUAUGACCGUCUCCGCAGUUACUCUCUUCACACCAUCAACAGUUUGUCCACCUGGGGUGAGCUCACUGCUCCCUACAGCAUCCAGAAUCUGAGUGAUUCAACUCUGAGCCAGCAUGAGUUGAACAAGCUAAGUAAACACAAGCGCUAUGAGAUACGCAUGAGUGUUUACAACGCUGUGGGUGAGGGGCCAACCAGCCCACCACAGGAGGUGUUUGUGGGAGAAGCAGUGCCUACAGCCGGACCCCAGAAUGUGGCUAUUCAGUCCGCAACAGCCACCCAGCUGGACGUGACAUGGGACCCUCCUCCUGUGGAGGCACAGAAUGGAGACAUCCAGGGAUACAAGGUUUACUUUUGGGAGUUCCAGCGUAAGAAUGAGACGGAGCGGCUGCGGACAUUGUUCAUGCCAGAAGGAGGGGUGAAGCUGAAGAACCUGACUGGUUACACCACCUAUAUGAUCAGUGUAGCCCCCUUUAAUGCAGCUGGGGACGGACCCCGCAGCCCACCAACGAGGGGACGGACUCAACAAGCAGCUCCCAGUGCUCCCAGCUUUAUCCACUUCAGUGAGCUGACCACCACCUCGGUCAAUGUGUCCUGGGGCGAGCCCACCUUUCCUAAUGGCAUAAUUGAGGGCUACCGUCUGGUCUAUGAACCCUGCACACCCCUAGAUGAGUCUUCAGUGGCCUGUGCCGACUGUCUUCACUCCCCCUCCCCCCCAGGCGUCAGUAAGACAGUCACAGUGGAUGUUAAAGGGAGCGGCCCUCUUUGGUUGAAGCUCAAGGAUUUGUCUGACGGCAUCACCUACAACUUCCGCAUCAGGGCCAAGACUUUUAUGUACGGGCCCGAGGUGGAGGCCAACAUUACCACCGGCCCUGGAGAAGGAGCCCCAGGAGCCCCCGGAGAACCCUUUAUAACACGCUAUGGUUCGGCCCUGACAAUCCACUGGACCAGUGGGGACCCAGGACGUGCUCCCAUCACACGCUACGUGAUCGAGGCCAGACCUUCAGAUGAGGGAUUGUGGGAUAUCCUAAUCAAGGACAUCCCUAAGGAAGUAUCAUCACACACGUUCAACAUGGAUAUCCUGAAGCAAGGGGUCAGUUAUGACUUUAGGGUAAUUGGAGUGAAUGACUACGGCUAUGGCUCCCCAAGUCUACCUUCUCCUUCUAUCUCUGCACAAAAAGUGGCACCCUUCUACGAGGAGUGGUGGUUCCUGGUUGUGGUGGCUUUGGUUGGGCUCAUCUUCAUCCUGCUGCUGGUUUUCAUCCUCAUUAUAAGAGGACAGAGCAAGAAGUAUGCCAAGAAAUCUGAAUCAGUGUCUCUGCACGUGUGUCCAGGUAACAACUCCAACUGUAACGCUCUGACCCAUGGAGACAUGAUCAGCCUGGAUGAAGGCCGUUUCCCCGCUCUGGAACUCAACAACCGAAGGCUCUCUGUGAAGAACUCUUUCUGCCGAAAGAACGGCGUCUACACCAGAUCUCCUCCCAGGCCCAGCCCAGGCAGUCUUAACUAUUCAGACGAGGAUGUCAGCACAAAGUACAAUGACCUGAUCCCUGCAGAGAGCAGCAGCCUGACUGAAAAGCCCUCAGAAAUCUCAGACUCACAGGAGGCGCUGGUGUUUUCAUAUGGGACAGGUGGCCUACAUACACUUCCACUGCAUUUGGGCAGCGACAGUGAGUAUGAGGUGGACCCUAACCGACAGAAGACCCACUCCUUUGUCAACCACUACAUAAGCGACCCCACUUACUACAAUUCCUGGCGCCGCCAACAGAAAGGUAUAUCCAGGGCACAGGCCUACAGCUACACUGAGUCCGAGUCGGGCGACCCGGAUCACUGCGCCCCACCGCCACUGCCUCCUCUACCUCCACUGCCACCCCAGCUCAGUUCACCUAGCCCCCAGCCUCAGCAAGCCCAAGGCCAGCCUCAGGGCCCGCCUCAGUGCCCGCCCCAGGGCCCACCUCAGGGGCAACCCCAGGGCCAAGGCAGCCUGUUCAGGCCCAAAGGUAGCCGGACUCCCACCCCCUCCCAGCAGAGCUCCAACCCCCCCAGCCAGCACAGCACCCUUUACAGGCCCCCCAGCAGCCUAGCCCCGGGCUCGCGGGCCCCAAUCGCUGGCUUCUCCUCCUUUGUGUGAAAAAGGCUGAAAAGGACAUCAAAGUUUCUGGAGAUAUCUACCCGACUUGUGUUGAAGGAGAACACAGAAACGCGCAGUCAACUCAAUCAAGUCAUUUACUCCUUUCUUCCUCUAAAUUAAUUUUCUUUUUCUUUCUUUUUACGUGUUGUUUUUUUUCUUUAGUCAGCCUGGAUACAUGCGGAACAACGCUAUAGAUACUUUUUGGAGCACUUUUUUAUUGUAUAGUGUGUGAAAGUGUGCCAGUGUAGAUUUCUCUCACCAAUAAAAAUACUCUCUGCAUCAUCUAUUCAUUUAUUUUUUUUCGCUAUUUGAAUUAUUCGCAAAUUUCCUCCUUUAUUUUGUUACUUUUCUUUGAACAUAAUCAAAUGGUAAUCUCUUUGAUUCUGUACAAAGUCACAAUAAUCUUUAAAAAUACACACACACACACAUAAAUAUAUAUGUAGAUGUACCUAAAAGACAAAAUCAAGUCAAUGCAGAGUCUGCACUGAUGGAGAACAAUACGAUGGAGCCAUAUUGUGGAAGUGAAAGGACAAGUGAUUGUUUGGACUGGAUGAACUGGAUGUCAAAACAAAAAAAAGGAGGAAGUGAUUAAAGACAGACGUGGAUGUGGAUUACAUGCCAAAUUGAACAAAUUUCAAUGUGUUGGCCGGGAGAGAUUUAAGCGGACAUUGUCAAAACAAUCAUAGGUUUCCAUGGAAACAGCUCUCUGGCCUAGAGCACACACAUACAUUUAAAAAAAAACAUGCAAACUGGCCAUGGCGGGUCAAAUGUCAAUGACUGUCAAACCGUGUCUGAUGGAUCUUACAGAUAUAUGAAAUGAGUGUAUAUCUGUCAAAGUGUUUAAGUCUUUUUGUGAGUGUGUUUCAUUGGAUCAAAGAUGCCUUGAUAGAGAAUCACUUAUUUAUGACACCUGGCACCAAUUGUUACUGAACUGCUGAGGGUGCCCUUGACUGCGGCAUUCUUUUGGCUGGCCUCGAGAACCUUCUUUUACUCCUGACAGAUGUUGACUGUGAAAUAAUUUGCAUUCACGACCCAUAUUUAUUUCCACCCUUUGCUGGCUCACAUAUACACAGUGUUAUUCUGCAUAUGUCUACUGAAAUGCAACCUGAGAGGGUCAAAACUGACUGCAGACUGGGGCAGUCACAUAUUGGCACAGCUGCUGGUUCUUCUAAAAUGUUAUGGUAUGAAGUGGUGAGAUUUUGAUAAGAAACAAAGGUUGUUUUUUUCCGGUUUCCUUCCAUGCUGGUAUAGAGAGGAAAAGUCCCUCCCCUUCUGGUCGACUCCAUGGGAACUUAUUUUGUAAACAAAAUAUGUAGAAUAUGGUAGUGACUGGACAGACAAAUAAUUGUUUCAUCCCAUUUGAAUUGAGCCAUGGAUUACACAUAUGCUGGUAAACUUCAAAGAUAUUUUGCAAGUAUAGAAAGUCAGUUUUUUGUAGGUUUGUCAUACUAACACGUUUCUUGCUGCUUGGCUUGCAAGCUAUGUCUCCCAGGACAUGUUACAUUAUUUUACCUGAUGUUUUAUCAGGUAAGAAAAGCAAAAGAACGAGCAAGACCUGUUGGUCAUGUGAGUAACGUAUGAAGCACAGCUGUCGUAGCUUUAGAGAGAAGUCACUUAUGCAACUUUGGAGUGAGUAGUCUUUUCUAUUUUCAAUAUUUAAAACUGCUGGUAUACCAGCCGCAACCGAGGUGGUGCGCAGAAAUGUGACGUCAAAAUGACGUAGAUCUCUCUGGAGCGCCACGAUUUUGAGUGUGCGAGCAGAGGUGCGGACAACCGGAUGCCAGGAGUCUCAGACUGACUGCAUUUCUCUUUUGUAAAGUUACUGGGUUACGAUGAGUUCUUUUAAGAUGACCAAAAGGCUUGAUCCGACAAAGUUGACUGCAAUUCUUAGGCCGCGGCUACUGUAAAAAGGUUGUUUUACGACAGUCAGACUUUCUUGAAUUACAAAAUUUGAAUUGCUUUGAAAUUGAUGAACAUCAUACAUCUAUGGCUAAAUUCCAAUGGGAUCAAAAAAUAAUUUGUCUUUUGCCAUUCACUAUCUUAUAUGGUUUUGAGGAAAUAUGAUCCUAUGGUGGUCCACUGGAAGGGGUGGGACUUUGCCUCUUUGUUACUCUUCUCUGUCACUGCUCAAAAUCACAAGGCAGCACUGAGCCUGCACCAAGGGAUGAUGUCAUGGCCUCACCUCUUUCUCUUUCUGUAAUCAACCACUCUGUACUAUUGAGGUGUAUUGUCCCAAAUGCUAAUGCCCGUGUGUGCAUGUGUAUGUGUGGGUGUGAUUACACUUCUUGUGCGUAUGCUUUACAGGUCAUUCACUGUGUGUCUGGUUUUAACGAGAUUGUCAUGCAGUAUCUGUAAACCUGCCUGGAGUAACGCCACAGAGGGCUGGCACCGUCCAGCCGCCUGGCGGGCGGGCUCAUAACGCUAUAGUGAAGACUCAGUGAUGUGUUCCUAGUUUUCAUAGUUUCAAAAAAAACCUGAAAAAAAUGUCAUCUCCUUUUUUUCCUUCUUCUGUGAAGUGAUUUCAUUGUACGCUACAAAAGCUUAUCAUGCAGAAUCUGAAUGAAUAUAUGAUCACAGUACAUUUCUGAAAUAAAUUAUUUUUGAAUGUUA